GCAAAGCAGACGCAAGAAACCAACUUACUUAAAUCCAUAUUUAUGGGUCAAAGUUCUUUUUCAAGUUCUGUCAGUUUACUGACACUACUUCCAAGCAAAACAAAAAACGAGAAACCAAUCGAGUGACGGUUACAAGAAAAUUUAUCAGCACGGAAAAUCAAAGCGAUUUGCACGUGGCGAAUCUUGCCGAAGAAUGACGAAGAUCGGUUCAGGCCUUAUUCUAGUCGUUCGGGCGGUCUCGGGUCGAGCGUUGGCAUAUCAUUCCAUUCCAGUACGCAUUUGCCACUCAUCGGCCGGCCGGGAUGAUAAAAGGCCGUUGUUACCGCGACUGAUCAGUUGUUAUUUGGAACGUGGCACGCAGUCGAGUGUGCCGGUCUCAAAGUAUACACAAACCACACUGGCUUUCCAUCGAAUAUCAUUCAGAAGAUAUUGUUGUAAGAGAGAGACGGAGGACGACAAAAUGUCUGCAAUGAGAAGAGAACCUGCUGCCGAGCAGCUGACCGAAUAUAAAAAGAAUUUAAAGAUUGGCGACUGCCCUGUAUUGCUAACCGGAAAUGGAGUGCCUAUUGCCGACAAAAAAGCCAGCUUGACGGUCGGUCCGCGAGGGCCCAUAUUGCUUCAAGAUUAUGUCUAUUUAGAUGAAAUAACACAUUUCUCCAGAGAAAGAAUUCCCGAGCGUGUAGUACACGCAAAAGGAGCAGGUGCGUUCGGUUAUUUGGAAAUUACCCACGACAUCACGAGAUACAGUAAAGCAAAGGUUUUCUCCUGCAUCGGCAAACGAACACCCGUCGCCGUAAGAUUUUCCUCCGUGGGUGGCGAAUCUGGCUCAGCGGAUACUGUCAGGGAUCCCCGUGGUUUUGCGGUUAAAUUCUACACCGAAGAUGGUAUCUGGGACUUAGUGGGCAACAACACCCCGAUCUUCUUCAUCAAGGACCCUCUAUUUUUCCCCAGUUUCAUUCACACGCAGAAAAGAAAUCCUGUUACUCACCUGAAGGACGCUGACAUGUUCUGGGACUUCAUUUCUCUAAGACCGGAGUCGACGCACCAGAUCCUGUUUCUGUUUUCGGAUCGAGGUAUACCCGAUGGUCAUCGUCAUAUGAAUGGUUAUGGUUCCCACACGUUCAAAUUGGUGAACGCCAACAAUGAGAUCGUGUAUUGUAAAUUCCAUUAUAAGACCGAUCAAGGAAUUAAGAAUUUGUCAGUUGCUAAGGCAGCUGAGUUGAGUUCUAGUGAUCCUGACUAUUCGAUCAGAGAUCUUUACAAUGCAAUUGCUAUGCAUCAAUACCCGACUUGGACGUUCUCCAUUCAAGUGAUGACUGAAAGUCAAGCCAAGACGUUUAGAUGGAAUCCUUUCGACGUGACCAAGGUAUGGCCGCACUCCGAAUUUCCACUUAUCCCCGUUGGUAAGCUAGUGUUGGACCGAAAUCCUGAAAAUUACUUCACUGAUGUGGAGCAAAUAGCCUUCGAUCCGGCUCACUUUGUACCUGGUAUUGAACCAAGUCCUGACAAAAUGCUGCAGGGUCGAUUAUUCGCUUAUGGUGAUACUCACAGGCAUCGUCUUGGACCGAAUCAUCUUCAAUUACCUGUGAACUGCCCGUAUAAAGCAAUUUCUGCUAUCAAUUACCAACGUGAUGGCCAGAUGGCAAUUAACAACCAAAAUGGUGCUCCAAACUAUUUCCCCAAUAGUUUUGGUGGGCCUAGAGAAUGCCCAGCCGUUCGUGCUCCAAGCUUUUAUGUAAGUGGUGAUGUAGAUCGUUACGAACCUCAAAAUGAGGAUGACUUUGGGCAAGCAACUUUAUUUUGGAGACGAGUAUUGAAUUCUGAGGAAAAAGCCAGAUUGGUGAACAACAUAGUGGGAAGUCUUCGCAAUGCGUCGACGUUCAUCAUCGAAAGAGCGGUGAAGAAUUUCACAGAAGUAGACACUGAACUUGGCAAGAGGCUUACAGACGGUCUUCGUAACGUUGGUGUGAGAAUCAACCUUUGUGGCAAGGCAGCCAGCUUGUAAAAAAAUCAACUUUUUUUUUGUAUUAU